GGCUUAGUCACGGCUUGGGGGAGACAUGCGAUUUGUUCCGGCUCAAGCCAUCUCCCACAGCCUUGUAUCACCCGAAGACCAAUCACUCGCUAUGAGAUACGCCGGGCAGGCUUCUCAGCUCUGCCCCGCAGGAUUCGACGCCCGACUGCUUAGCCCAUUGUUUGGUGGUGAAAUAUCUGACAUUGGAAUAUGAUCUUUCUCCGAAGCUCCCCCUCUCACCAAUGGAUAUCUAUCAUCUCUCUCGAUUUAGCUCAGCUACCAACGUAACUAUGCCUUCGAACUGUCACUCAUCGCCAUACUCUCCCUCUCAAGGAGAGAGUCGUCGGUAUCCUUCCGCAACUUCGUACUCCGAGAAGGAUAAUUAUUCUUCUUCACCUCCAUCGUCUCCACCGCCGUCAAAUUCAAACAAUGAUUCUUCGAGCGGGAGCAACGACCUCAGCUCACGGACCGGUCUUGCCUCCCUCAUUAUCGCCGGUUUUGCCACAGUCAUUGCUACAACAGGGCUUUGUGUUGCGAUCAAGCAACUUGUAAUCUCGAAAGCGCAACUACGACAAGCAACAAUUGGCACCGCUACAAAUAUGCCAGUACUGCGAGUACGAGGGACUGGGGGAAGUGUCGGUUCUGGGUCUCGUGCCACACCUGGAGGAGUUCAACGUGCCGGUGGAGCCAUAUCGGCCAGAGGAAUCGAGGCAGCCAGCGCUUUAGGGGCGGCAGCGAGCUCUCUCAUAAAUGGCGCACAGGUACAGCUGAGCUCAGCAUCUACCUGGGCAGCUUCCGUUAAUUCGUUAGCUUUCCCAAUGCCAACACUGGAUUUCGACAACCGAAGCCUUGUCUCUCUCUUCGGAAACCCUUGGUCAUCCCCUCCAGAUGAAGGGCCAUCAUUUUAGAGGAUCUUGAAGACAACCCUUUCAGCAACUUCUCUCAAUGAAAUGGAGUUACCAGAGCGGAGUCACUUUCUAGUAUUGGCUCGGAUUCUGAUGCUAGCUCCAUCAGUGCCACUAGUACCUACAUGACUACUGAGCCAAUGGAGGAUGAGAUUUGGGAAAGUAUCAUAGCUGCGAGGAAUGAAGAAACGGGCCCCCAUUCUUUGGAAAUGUCGACAUCGAUAUCAUCUUCAUAACGCUUUUGAAUCUCUUUAGGGAAAUGUCUACGUGUCCUUUCA